AGGUCGUUCUUCAGAAUCGAAAUUCAUUAUCUACUCGGUGAUAAGGAUUACAAAAUUUUCGCUGUUCGGUAUUCGUCGUUUUCACAUUUUUUCUCAUCAACUCAUCAACCAUGUCUUCUGAUACAGACACCAAGCCGGAUAAGAUUUUCGGAUAUGAAAAGCAAGUGUACACUGGCCGAAACCCAAUUGAAAAUGUUCUUGAAGUUGCUAAAGGCAUAUUAUUUGGACCUUUAAUUUGGGUUAGAGAAACUAUUGUCAAGCCGAAUCAAAAAGAUUACAACUAUUACCACGAAGAAUUAAGAAGAGUACCAACAGUUGAUCAAUGCUAUGAUGAUGAUAGACUGUGCAAAUGGGAAGCGACUCAACAGCUAAUUAGGGAUAAGAUGGUAGAUGGCAAUAUUCUAUCUAUUUUACGACAACGUUACGAAGAUUGUCGUAUUUAUGAAGGACCAGACGGUAUGAGAAAAUGUCAACCUCUGUAUGAUAUAUAUCAAAAAGCUGAAGAAAAUUAUUACAUUAAAUAUGGUGAACUGGGAGUAGCCAUUACUGCUGAAAGAUGCUAUGCAAAACAAUUGAAUCGCAUGUUGUGGGAAAGACGUCAUGGACCCGUUGGAACUGGCAUGAAGAAUGAUAGCUUGUAAUUUAAGAAAUUGUACACCACAUUUUAUUUAGUACAGUAUUGUUGUGUAUGAAAAUAGAAAAUAACUAUGAUGAAAUAUAGAGAAAAAAAUGUUUAUUCCAAAAUGUUAAA